AUGGAGCCUUUCAUUCAAACCAUUUCGGUGUCGAAGGUCACUUACCCACUCUAUGACCAUAUCGCCAAUCCAAUCGAAUAUUACUUCAGUUUAAAUUCCCAGUACAUUUGGGAUAAGGACACAAAAAAGUCGUUCCCGGUCGCAAUAUCAAAUGUCACUACUUUUGCGAUUGCAUUCCCUCCAACAGUGGUGGCCAAGGAGUUUCUCUCUCUAAAAGCGCCUUUCAGCAUUGCCGCAAAAUUGGGGACAAUGGCUGUCUUCAGCAAGACCUUUAGUCAACCAACGGAUCCUGAACUGAGUAAGCUUGUACUCCAGCAUCCAACCACAACUGGGGUUCCAGGGGGAGCUACUAAAGAUUUGCCCUGGUGCUAUUGGGGAGAAUUGGAUUGGGAGCUGAAAGGUUCAGACCCUAAAGAUCCUAUCUUCAACUGCAAGACACAAGUUGAGUUCUAUGUCUUGCCCGCUACAUUACCAGAAUAUUUCGACACCUCUGGAAUUCCUCUGGCACUUCUUCGUGAGACUCAUUAUCUAUCAGCCUGGAUGAAGGACCCAGAGACGGAUUGGAUUAAGUUUGUCACCAACGCUUUGUACUCAGACAGCCGUCUAGAAUAUGAGAUCUAUAAUGGUUCCUCAAAGUAUGUCAGCUCCAGAGGCAGCUUCAGAGAUCUUUUUACCAACAACAUUGGUCUUGACUUUUGGCUUGACCUCUGGCUUUCAGAUUUGAAAGGUGUGGUGCUACAAAAAGCAAAGCAUACUGUCAAUUGCUAUGACUUGGCUGCCAUUUGUCAGGCUCUAGUGUCACUAGGAGUAGACUCGUCCACGCAAAUCGUCCGGAUGAAGUAUAUGGACCCCUAUGGAUUCAUCAACCCUACAAACUUGAUCGGAAGGAAGGAGGAUCCUCCAAAUCCAAUGACAAACCCGAAGAACCUUUGCAACAAUCCAUUCUAUGGCAAAGUCAAUGGAUUACCAAUGCUGUGUGGGGAAGACGAAGUAAAGCGCUCAGCUUUCUCGAACCACAUGUUUGUGACAAUCAGCAAAGGAAACGGGCACAACGUCCUAGACGCUUGCUGUGGGCCCCAAUUGGGCGAUGUCACGCUUGAAGACUACGUCAACCAAGCCAUUGACAGCCGUGCAAGCCGUUACCAGCAAAAUAAUAAUCCACUCAAUUACAAACUCGGAGAUGCCUCCGAUAUCACAGAUGGUCAAGGCAUCGCGCAGCUUGUAACCUCCCGCUGCUUUGAGAAAGAGGGUGAUACUAGCCAGUCUGCGUUGUCACUUCUCGACAAACUAGCCAAAGAGUUUGAAAAUGACGGAAAAUGGUAUCAGCCCUACCUCUCAACUCCACAGGGCAACUGGCAAAUCACAGCCACCUGGACGUUCAAGCCCAAUAACAACCUGGGUGAGAUCAUUACUGUAAAUGUAUUUGGAUAUUCAUACUACGCCCAUGCCCCGAUAGAAUAUGAUCGGCGUAAAAAUGCUAUUCAGGGCUGGGUUCCAAAUGCUGCUGUAGGCGAUGACGAUGCUUUCAACGAUACAAACGUCACUGGUAGUAGCAGAAUGUUUUACUCGACAACUACUAACCCAUGCUAUCUCUGUACUAUCGAUACACGUGUUGGGAAAGCAUCUACAAUUGUUGACUUCGGCAACAGAAUUAAAAGCGUGCUCAACAACUCUCUGACAGGGCAGUCUCACCACUCACUUGGUCUAGUGACAGCAAACUCGAAAGGUCCAAUCAAAGUCGGCAGCUCUGUAACAUUAUCUGCACAAGGUUCUCCAGACGCUGUCAAAUACUGGCGAGGGUUCAAUAUUCGAAUCCCACGUUCGAAUGUGCUCUUCACGAAAUGUGAUGUGAACACAAAUGGUGUUGAUUUUCAUAUCCUUGCGCGUAAAGCAGGUUUUGUCACUAUUGUUAUUUCUAUGUUCGGUGGCAACCUAGAAGUGAGUGAGAGGUACAUAAACCUACAGGUUAUCAACCCUUGAAGAUUUUUAUCGCAAGGAAGGCGGUUGUUAUAGGAGGAGAGGGAGGUGGCAUGCAGGGAUAGUCGGAUACGGUUCGGAUCUGACUAGGAUAGAUAUGUAUUAAGACUCUCCCUGUAGCUAGUUCAGCAGCUUUUCGAUACCCUUUCGUACCAGGUGUAUAGGUGAGC